AUGGGAAGUUUCAACGCGAGUUUUGGAGAUCGAUUCAUUUUGGUGGGCUUCUCAGAUUGGCCUCAACUGGAAGUCUUCCUUUUUAUCUUUAUUUCAAUUUCUUAUUCCCUAACUCUCUUUGGGAAUACUGCUAUAAUUGCUCUUUCAAGACUGGACCUCCGACUGCACACACCCAUGUACUUCUUCCUCUGUCACCUCUCCUUCUUGGACCUCUGCUAUACCACCAGUACUGUGCCCCAGCUUUUGAUCAACCUUCAUGGACUUGACCAGACCAUCACCUAUGGGGGAUGUGUGGCCCAGCUUUUCAUUUUCCUCACCCUGGUCUCCACCGAGUGUUUGCUGUUGGUGGUGAUGGCUUUUGACCGCUACACUGCUGUCUGUCGACCACUACACUACACAACCAUUAUGAACUCCCAUCUCUGCCAGGCAAUGGCUAUAUCAUCCUGGGCAAUAGGCUUCAUAAACUCUAUGAUUCAGACAGGUCUUAUGAUGGCCAUGCCUCUCUGUAGUCACCGACUGAACCACUUCUUCUGUGAGAUGCCUGCAUUUGUAAAAUUGGCUUGUGAAGACACAGGAGGAACAGAGGUCAAGAUGUUUGUGGCCCGAACCAUAAUUUUGGUUAUUCCUGCAACACUACUUCUAGUUUCUUACAUACACAUUGUCAGAGCAGUGCUGAAGGUUAAGUCAAUGGCUGGACGCAGAAAGGCUUUUGGAACUUGCGGAUCACAUCUGCUAGUGGUCUCCCUUUUUUAUGGCUCAGGCAUCUACACAUACCUUCAACCUAUGCAAAGUUAUUCUGAGAAUGAUGGGAAAUUUGUUGCCCUCUUUUAUACUAUAAUUACACCUAUUCUUAAUCCUCUAAUUUAUACCCUAAGGAACAAAGAUGUGAAGAGGGCUAUGUGGAAAGUAGUACAGGGAGGCAGAGAAGUAGGGUAG